AAACGGCUACCAAUGUCAAGAAAAGAGAAAAAAAGAAAUGUUGUCUUGGGUUUGGUUUCUUAACAUAAACCACUGUAUCAAAAUUUGCAGAUGAUAUCAUGACCGUCCAUUCUCUGACCAUCUUUCCACGUGAUCAAGAAUCCUGUUUCCCUCUCUCCUAUAUUUCUUCCAUCUUAGCCCCACUUUCUUUUCUUGGUUUUCUUUCUCACUUACUACACCAAUUUUCUCCCUUCUCUCUUUCUCUCUCUGCAUUAUUGAGUUUAUUUUUUUCUUUUUUUCUUUAACUUUCCAAGAUUCUUUAGAACAAGAGCAUGUUUUGGAAGAUUGAAUCUAUGGCUGAUGUGUUUAUGCUCAUACUUUUAGCAGUUCAGGUUUUUGUUCUUGCAGCAGCAGAUGAAGAGCCAUUUAUUGGUGUUAACAUUGGAACUGAACUCUCUGACAUGCCCCAUCCCACUCAAAUAGUGGCCCUCCUCAAAGCCCAACAGAUUAGGCAUGUCCGGUUAUAUGAUGCUGAUCGUGGGAUGUUAAUUGCGCUUGCAAAUAGUGGCAUUCAGGUUAUGGUCUCUGUCCCUAAUGAACAACUCCUUGGAAUUGGUCAGUCAAAUUCCACUGCAGCUAAUUGGGUAUCUCACAAUGUUGUGGCUCAUUAUCCAGCCACCAAUAUCACGGCUAUUUCAGUAGGUUCCGAGAUUCUGACCACCCUUCCUAAUGCAGCACCAGUCCUUGUCAAUGCCCUUAAGUACAUUCACUCGGCCCUUGUGGCAUCGAAUCUAGAUCGUCAAAUCAAAGUUUCAACACCUCUUUCUUCCUCUAUUAUUCUUGAUUCUUUCCCACCCUCCCAAGCCUUCUUUAACCGCUCGUGGAACCCUGUUUUAGUUCCAAUGCUCAAUUUUUUGCAGUCCACAGGCUCAUACCUCACACUUAAUGUAUACCCUUAUUAUGACUACAUGCAAUCAAAUGGUGUAAUUCCAUUAGACUAUGCACUCCUCAAGCCUCUUCCUCCAAACAAAGAAGCUGUAGAUGCUAAUACACUAGUCCACUAUUCCAAUGUCUUUGAUGCUAUGGUUGAUGCAGCAUAUUUUGCUAUGGCUUUUCUGAACUUCACCAACAUUCCUGUCAUGGUAACUGAAACUGGUUGGCCAUCAAAAGGUGAUUCCAAUGAGCCGGAUGCAACUAUAGAUAAUGCCAAUACUUAUAACAGCAAUUUGAUCAGGCAUGUUUUGAACAAAACUGGAACUCCAAAACACCCAGGAAUUGCUGUUAGUACUUACAUUUAUGAGCUCUAUAAUGAGGACACAAAACCUGGACCUGUCUCAGAGAAGAACUGGGGAUUGUUUAAUGUAAAUGGAGAGCCUGUUUACAUAUUGCACCUGGCUGGGUCUGGAUCAGUGUUAGCUAACGACACGACUAACCAAACUUACUGCACCGCAAAGGAAGGAGCUGAUCCAAAGAUGUUGCAGGCUGCUUUGGAUUGGGCAUGUGGACCUGGUAAGGUUGAUUGCUCACCUCUAUUGCAAGGAGAAUCUUGUUACGAGCCGGACAAUGUAAUUGCACAUGCAACUUAUGCUUUCAACACUUACUAUCAUCAAAUGGGAAAGGCUCCCGGUACAUGUGACUUCAAUGGAGUGGCUGCUGUCACCACAACAAAUCCAAGUCACGGAACCUGUAUCUUCCCAGAAAGCUCUGGCAAGAUCAAUGGUACCCUGGUAAAUAUUACAGCUCCAUCUAUGAAUUCCACAAGUUCAGACUCUACUGCUCGAAAUUUUUAUAUUGGCGGUUUCAUGAGCAUUUCAAUGCUUCUGAGAGUUGUAAUGUGGAUCUUAGUUGUAUUGUAGAGUGGUAAAAAUGGUGAAAUCUUUUGCAACUCAUGCAGUUUUUUUGGGGGAAGGUCUAAAUAGCAACAGAUGGUAUUGUAGGUAAGGUAGUUGGAAAUCAAAUUUUUGUACAAAAGCUGAAAAGCCUAGACCAACUUUGGCUUCAACUGAAUUCUAUUAUUCUUUGCAAUGAGAGUUGUGAUUCUUGUGCAGCUUA